AGAACUCGACACAUGCGCAACGCGGCCCCCCUCAAACACCCUAAACGUCAAACCAACAUCUAACCUAAAAAAUUAAAAUUAACAAAUUCAUGAUUUCACAGAAAUUCUGUCAUGUCAUUUCCCAACAAGUCAAGAUCGCAAAACGUCCGAUCUCCGACUACAACCAAUUCCAGAAGGUUUUAAAUCAAGCUCGGAGUAUUGUCGCCCUCACAGGGGCCGGAGUUUCAGCAGAAUCGGGGAUUACGGUGUUUAGGGGAGCUGGGGGACUCUGGCGCUCACACCGAGCCACUGAUUUGGCCACUCCGACCGCGUUUAGGGCCAACCCUGCUUUAGUAUGGGAAUUUUAUCAUUAUAGAAGAGACGUUGCCUUUAAUAGCCAACCAAACAAAGCUCAUAAAGCCUUAGCCAAGUAUGAAAAAAUUUGUAAAGAACAAGGACGGAAUUUUCACGUGAUCACACAAAACGUUGAUGGUUUGCAUAGGCGAGCGGGUUCUGAAAACGUCUUGGAAUUGCACGGAAGUCUCGAUAAAGUUAUCUGUACUAAAUGUAAACAAAUUGAAGUUAAUGAAGAAAAUCCGAUUUGUGAGGCCUUACGUGGUAGAGGGGACCCUAGUAAACGGGACCAAGAUCAUCCAAUAAUUCCACUUGAAGCACUUCCAAAAUGUUCCAAAUGCCAAGCACUAGUACGGCCUUACAUUGUAUGGUUUGGGGAAAAUUUAGAUCCGGAGGUUCUUGAUAGAUCAAGACAAUUGAUUGAAUCAUGUGAUUUAUGUCUCGUUAUCGGGACUUCUUCUGUUGUGUAUCCAGCAGCUAUGUUUGCACCUACUGUAGUCGAGCGGGGGAAACCCGUAGCUGAGUUUAAUUUAAACGAAGAUGCUUUUGAUGAUGCUUUUAGUUUUUAUUUUUCUGGACCGUGUGGUGUUACAUUACCCAAAGCGCUUGGAAUUGAUGUGAAGGGGUGAAGGUAAAAAAAUAAUAAUAUGGAAUUUUUAUUACAUAUGUAAUUAAAUUUAAGAACAAUAACUUAGUAAUUAAUACACUGGACAAAUGAGAUUAUGGAAUGUGAUCUUUUGGUUAUUUGCAUUAAAUUUUUAGAAUUUACUGUUUGGUCAUUAAAUUUGUACAAAAGUAAUAAAUAAAAGUGUUUAAAUUGA